AUGGCUGGACACGGCUGCCCCGGGCACCUCUGCAGCCCCCUCGGUGCCGGGAGCAGCUCGCUGCGGCCUCAGAGCUCUGCAGCGCUCAGAAUAUUGCAUGCUAAAAGAACCUUUCAUGCAAGUCAGCAGUGCUCGGCUCCUCUCCCACCUCUGCCUGAGAAACCAGGACAAGUGCGCUUUGGUUUGAUCCCUGAGGAGUUCUUCCAGUUUCUCUACCCUAAAACAGGAGUCACAGGACCUUAUAUGCUGGGAACUGGUCUCCUGCUUUACUUACUUUCUAAAGAAAUCUACGUAAUUAACCAUGAGACUGUUGCAGGUGCCUGCAUAUUGUCAAUCUUGAUUUAUGGUGUUAAAAAAUAUGGGCCUGUUGUAGCAGCUUUUGCUGACAAACUUAAUGAGGAGAAAGUUGCUUCAGCUUUAGCUGUGAAGAACGAUGCAAUUAAAAGUCUUGAGACUGCAAUUGAAGAGGAGAAGAAAGAACAGUGGAGGGUUGAGGGCCGUAGUUACCUCUUUGAUGCCAAGCGGAAUAAUAUUGCAAUGUUGCUAGAAGCCAACUACCGAGAAAGGCUGCUGACCGUGUACAACGAAGUAAAGAAGAGGUUGGACUAUCAAGUGGCUAUGCAGCAUUUGAAACGUCAGAAGGAACAAGAUCACAUGAUUCAGUGGGUGGAGAAAAAUGUUGUUCAGAGCAUCACACCUCAGCAGCAAAAGGAGAGUAUUGCAAAGUGCAUCGUAGACCUGAAAGCGUUAUCGAAGAGCGCUCACGUGACAGCGUAACCACGUAACAUCUGGUUCCAUAGACUUGUUUU